AUCUCACCCUGCGCUGCACUUUUCCCGUCUCAACCACUCGACAAGGCAGAAUGUCUCAUCCCAAAGAUGUUGGCAUCAAGGCCAUUGAAAUCUAUGUCCCGGGACAGACGCUAGACCAGGCCCAAUUCGAAGCUCAUCAGGGAGUCUCCGCGGGAAAAUACACCAUCGGCCUCGGACUGACUUCGAUGAACUAUUGCACGGAUCGAGAAGAUGUAUGCUCUCUCGCGCUAACCGCCGUUUCAUCACUUCUCGACAAGUAUUCGAUCGAUCCGAAAUCCGUAGGCAGACUCGAAGUCGGCACCGAGUCCCCCUUCGACAAGGCAAAGUCAGUCAAGAGCGUUCUGACUCAGCUGUUCGGCGACAACCACAGUCUGGAAGGUGCGGAUACGGUGAAUGCGUGCUACGGUGGCACAAAUGCCUUGCUCAACGCUAUUAAUUGGGUCGAAUCUCGCUCGUGGGAUGGGCGAGAUGCUAUUGUUGUGGCCUCAGAUAUUGCGCUCUACAAGCAGCCUACCGCCAGACCCACCGGAGGUGCAGGGUGCGUCGCCAUGCUGGUUGGCCCGAAUGCUCCUAUAAUUUCUGUUCCUGGCCUGCGUGGUACGUAUAUGACACACGCAUAUGACUUCUACAAGCCCGAGUUGCACUCCGAGUAUCCAUUCGUGGAUGGCCAUCUGUCCAUAUCCUGCUACCUGUCUGCGCUCGAUGGGUGCUAUGCGAAUCUGCAGCAGAAUGCAGCACGAACGUCAAGUAACGCCGAGAGAUAUCCAGAGGCCGCCGCUAUUCUCGAGCGGAAUCGACAAACCUUUGUCGACAUCUUCGACUUCAUGGCCUUCCAUACCCCCAACUGCAAGCUUGUCGGGAAAUCGUACGGCCGACUCCUGUACAACGACUUCCUCCGCGAAAACAGGUCUCACCAGGCCUUCACCAAUGUGCCCAAACACCUUCGCGACUUGGUCUACGAAGAAUCUCUCCGUUCGAAGGAACUCGAAACAUUCUUCGUCCAACUCAGCAAGCCUCAAUUCAAAGCCCGCAUUGAGCCAUGCAUUCGGGCACCAAGUCGAUGUGGCAAUAUGUACACUGCCAGCCUGUACUGCUCACUGCUCAGUCUGAUUUCUUACGUAGGGUCCGAUGCACUCCAGAACAAAACCAUCGGCCUAUUUAGCUAUGGCAGCGGCAUUGCAAGCACCUUGUUCACUCUGCAAGUUGUGGGAGACGUCAGCCAGAUGAUUCAGAAGGUGGAUCUUGCUGCUCGUCUGGACCAGCGUCACGUAGCCACACCUGAUGAACAUGAAGAGGCCUGCAAACUACGCGAAGCGGCCUACGGAAAGAGAAGCUACACACCACAGGGCUCGUUGGAACAUAUCGGGGACGGAGUCUAUUAUUUGGAAGCUGUGGACGAUCAAUACCGGCGCACAUACAGGGUCCAAAGUGCGGCCGUCAAUGGAACUUAUUAAGCACGCAGAACAAACCACAAUAGACAGUAGACAGUAGACGCAUUGAUAGCUGAUUGAAACCCCUC